UCGUGAGCAGGAAGAGGGAAACGAAAGCAGAGAGCGAAGGGGCCCGAUGUAUUUAAACACGAUGCUGCACAAUAACGGUGAUUGCGGCUUCAGUCGGAGGAGCGCGUCUGGGGACUGCUGGAAUAAAAAGACGCACGGAACAGGAGACACGCGCAAGUGACCUCUGAUUGGAUUAAUGAUAUUUGAAAGCACGCGCAGCCGUCAAAGUCGCAGUCUGAUAAUUAAAUAGACUUGAGGGACACGGAAAUGUCCCCACGGUUUGUUGCCUCAGGAAAUGAUGAUGAUGUCCUCCAUCACCGUUUAGCGUAACACCUAAUGUUCUGUAUCUUGCGGCCAUUUCAGCCGGACUGAAUUCUCUGUGAAAUAAUCACUCCAGAGUCAAACCUGUGUCUUGAAGGCUAUUGGAACAGGUGCAGCGCGCCUUGGCUUCAGUCUCCCCGUCCACAGCCUCGCAGGUAGCCAGCCUACUGCCACUGACCGGGGUGAGACUAAUAUUGAUCAACUUGGACACAGUGUUUCUGGAAUGACAUCCACAAUAGAGAGGAAGACUUUGGAAGCCAACGAGGAGCCAGUAGACGAGGUGCUCCAGAUGCCACCGUCUCUUCUGACAUGCGGUGGGUGCCAGCAGAGCAUUGGUGACCGAUUCUUCCUGAAGGCCAUUGAACAAUACUGGCAUGAAGACUGUCUGAGCUGCGACCUUUGUGGCUGUCGGCUGGGAGAGGUGGGCCGCAGGCUCUACUACAAACUGGGAAGAAAGUUAUGCCGGAGGGACUACCUCAGGCUUUUCGGUCAGGAUGGACUCUGUGCUUCCUGUGAGAAGAGGAUCCGCGCCUUUGAGAUGACAAUGCGCGUGCGGGACAAGGUUUACCAUCUGGAGUGCUUCAAGUGUGCUGCCUGCCAGAAGCACUUCUGUGUGGGCGACCGCUACCUGCUCAUCAACUCAGACAUUGUGUGUGAGCAGGACAUCUUUGAGUGGACCAAAAUCAACAAUAACAGCAUGGUCUAGGAGAACUUGAUGGACCAUUCCCCUGCAACUUCCCACUUAGCAAACAGGGAAUGAAUCCUCACUGUUACACAGACUUUAUGUAGCCUUAAGCAGCUGAGCAGACUUUAUCAUGCAUCUCAUAUUCAUAUGGAGUCGCUGCAUCAUGGGAAGCAGUGAUUUCAUCUCUGCAUUGCUCUCUGCUAGAAACUGAAGGCUGCACCAGCAAUGAGAGAAAGUAUUAUUUUUGAUUAUUAUUAUUGUUAUUAUUUUAAAUCUAGGGCUUCAUCCUUGAAUGCAAAAACACUGGAUGUGGGUAUACAUGCAAUAAUUGUCAUUUGUUAUACAUACCAGAAUUUUAGGCUUUUAGCAAGGAACAAAAUAAAUCUUUAUUGUAGUCAAACACUGUUACAUCACCUCAGUCUGGCUUGAAGUGUCCAUGAUCUUUUGAUAUAUUUUUAAAUGGGAUAAAAUGUUUUGCGUGACACAAAGUCCAUUCUGAGGAAGCCCCACUCAGAGUGAUUGUGUUAUAUUCCCAGGUUGAACUGGUGGCGCCCUCUAGUGACAGAGGGAACCCACGCAAUAACAAUUUUGUUUUGUAAUUGUAACAAUUCUUUUAGACAUGCAGCCAACAGCUUUUGGAUACAUGUUGAAUUUAUUAAAUAAACUAUAAUUAAAGGAAACAUUGGUGUUUUUUGGUCUGAAUGUGU